AUGUCGCAGAUCGCCCCCCGUCACGUGCCGUACAACCAAAAAGGACGAGCGGCGUCGAUCGCGCGUGCGAAGGCGACCGCCUCGGGCAAGCGUGCGAGACGACAGGACGAACAGGCCCAGGAUGCGAUCGACGACAGCAAUGCUCUCAUCAUCGACCCGGUCGAGCAGAAGAAGAGGAGGGAGGAACAGCGCAAAUUGGUGCGUACUUGCGCUUUGCUGCUGAUUAAGCCCAAAGUGGAGCGAGCUCCCUUCGCAGCUACGCUCUCCAGUUCACGUGGCAGGGGCAGCUACUGCUCAUGGUAUCUUUCGCGGCGUCUCGUCUGGACUCAUUGGCAUGAUUGUUAUGACUUCGAAUGACGUAUCAGGUCUGACAUCCUCCCCUCUCCUCUCUCUGCUUUCGUUCUCCUCGGAAUCGAUCCCUUCCGCAGGCCGAAGAGACGAUCGAAACCCCGACUCAUAUGUCAUCCAAGAAGAGGAAGCGGUUCGAAGCGUUCGUCACUCGCAAACUCAAAAAGGAACAACGAGCCGAGCUCAUCUCUUCCAUCGCGUGAGUUUCUCUCAACUGAAAUAUUCAAUCAUCUCGGAGACGUUCGAGGCUUCUGAACUGACUCUUUCUUGGUCACCUUAUUCAGCAAAACUCAAACGCAGAACCUGUCAUUACAAAGCUCCUCCAGUUUAGGAUCCAAGCAGUUCAAGACCCAAGCCGAUCGACUGAACCAUGCGAACCACCUCGAAGAAUCGAGACGAGGCAGGACCAAAGCCAUCAUCGAACGAGUCAAGGGCAAAGCUGGGGCGCGCAACUUGUCCGAUGAGGAUGUCGAUAUUGAUGAGGAUGACGAAGAUAAUGACUCGGAUCAGCAGGAGGAUGUCGAGAUGGAGGAGGCGUUGAUGCGGAGAGAGUUGAUCCCUACCGCGCCGGAACCGACGACGACCUUCUCUCGAGCGAACGCAACGACCUUGAACACGCGCCAACCACCGCCUGUCAACGUCUCGGGUACACUCGAGAUCAUUGAUGUACCGAGGGCUUCUACCUCGUCGUUACCCACUGCACCUGCUCCCCCCGCGACUGUCGGCUCUGGUCUGGUCGCCGGCGCCCAAGUCACCGUCGUCAAGAGGGCCAAGAAGGAGAAGGGGCGCAUGAGAGCUUUGGUCGAGCAUACAAAAUACGGCAAAGGCAAGGGGAAAGAUGUUGAGAAUGGAGAAGGGAAUGAAGAAGAGAGCGAUUUCGACUCGAGUGAGGAGAGUGGGUCCGGGGAGGAUGAGGAGAUCAGCGAUGCCGAGAGCUGGUAUGGCAUCGAGGAGGAACGGUAUGAGCAAGAUGCCGACGGAGCCGAGCAAGAAGAGGGAAAUGAAGAGGAGAAGACGCUUGAGCAGUGGGCGGAGGGCAAGGCUUCAAGCGGAGCCGCGGAUGAAGAGGCAACACCGAGUGCUCGAGCGACACAUCAAAAGGGGUCGUUCACGGCCUGGGCCGACAAGCAAAUCCUGUCGGCAUCGGGGCAGCUAGACGCUGUAGAAGUAUCGGUCGAGCCGACUCCGAUCAAUGGCGUAUACGAGCCCCUACUUCCGGCUGGAUCAGGCGUGAAAGCGUCUACACUCCCUGAGGGCAUCACUGGACCGUUAGGAGCCCCUCUACCCAAGAACGAGUUGCCGUCGAUGCCACCACAACGCACGACCCAUAUCCCGAUCACCCGAACGGAGGAGAUGGACAAGCAACGCGCCGAGCUACCCAUCGUCAAGGAGGAGGAUCGUAUCAUGGAUUAUAUCCGAGGUCACCCCGUCGUUGUCAUUUGUGGUGAGACCGGUAGUGGUAAGACGACGCAGAUCGGCCAGUUCUUGUGGGAAGCGGGCUUUGGUGACAAAUCGAGUGGUGAGUCCGCCUGUUCCACAACGACAAUGCCCUUGCUGGGACACUGAACCUGAGGAUUAACCCAACCUCACAGACAAUCCCGGGAUGGUCGCGAUCACACAACCUCGGCGCGUCGCAGCCCUAUCGACUUCGGCGCGUGUCCGAGCUGAACUAUGUCUCCCCUCCGGCUCGACCCAAGUCGCCCAUCGCAUUCGCUACUCUUCGACAUCAGGUGCCGACACCAAAUUGGUCUUCAUGACUGAUGGUGUGCUUCUCCGAGAAUUGGCGGCUGAUUUCCUGUUGAGCAAAUACUCAGUCGUUGUGAUUGAUGAAGCUCACGAACGAGGUGUCAACACGGACGUAUUGAUUGGUGUCUUGAGCCGGGUGGCGAGAUUGCGGGAGAAGAUUUGGCGCGACGGCAAGGAUGAAGUCAAGGUGAGCUUAGGGUUCGAGAGUCACCCUAGUUUUUUGAGCUACCUUCUGACAAAGAACCCCAUCCACAGCCUCUCCGACUGAUCAUCAUGUCCGCGACCCUCCGCGUGGCGGAUUUUGCCGAAAACUCAACGCUCUUCCCUACGCCACCUCCCGUCCUCCGCGUCGACGCGCGUCAACAUUCCGUCACUCUCCACUUUGCCCGCAAAACGCACCACGACUACCUCGAACAAGCGUACAAAAAGGUUGCUCGGAUCCAUGCCCGCUUACCCCAAGGUGGCGUGUUGGUCUUUUGCACCGGUCAAAACGAGAUCGUCAGUCUGUGCAAGAAGCUCGAGGCCAAGUUUGGCAAGGCGGCGAUCGAGACGAGGAAACGCAAGGCCGAGGAGAUGAAGGCCCGGAGUCAGAAGAGGUUGAACGCCAAGGAAGAGAGGAAAUCCGAGCGCGAGGCUAGGGAGGAACGAGAACAGGAUGCGAUGGACUUUGAGGGAGGCCGGGUUGAGAUGGGAGAUGAUGUCGAGGUUGAGGAGUUGGAACUUGGGGAGGAUGACAUGGAUUUGGCGGCUGAUGUUGAUGAUGGGCUAUAUGAUGAGGACCCAGAAGGACUCGAGUCGGAUGAGGAGGAGGAGAAGUUGGGAGGGAUGGAUCUCGAAGAUGAUACCGACGGUGAGUCGCCGCGAUGGGCAGUACGUGCCCCCGGAGCCUGGACUUCGAGCUGAGCGAAAUUCUUCACUCCAGAACCGAUGCAUAUUCUUCCGUUGUAUUCCCUCCUACCGACGGAGAAGCAAAUGCGUGUCUUCCAACCUCCGCCCGAAGGAACGCGUCUCGUCGUUGUCGCAACGAACGUCGCCGAAACGGCCAUCACCAUCCCCAACGUCAAAUACGUCGUCGACGCCGGUCGAGCCAAGGAGCGUCAAUUCGACCCAGCGAACGGAAUCCAGUCGUUCGAGGUUACCUGGAUCUCCAAAGCCUCGGCUCAACAACGAGCAGGUCGAGCUGGUCGUACCGGACCUGGACAUUGCUAUCGACUGUACUCUUCGGCCGUAUUCGAGAACUUUUUCGAGUCGCACACCAAACCUGAGAUCUUGCGCAUGCCGAUCGAAGGGAUCGUGUUACAGAUGAAGUCGAUGAACAUCGACUCGGUCGCCAACUUCCCCUUCCCAACACCUCCCGAUCGUCACGCUCUUCGAGAGGCCGAAAAGACGUUGGUCAACCUCGGCGCGUUGGAAGCUAAGGAAGGCGCCAAGGGCGCGAGUAGCCACAAGAUCACCGAGCUCGGUCGAUCCAUGUCCCUUUUCCCCUUGUCCCCGAGGUUCUCCAAGAUGAUUGUCGCUGGUCGAUCGAAUGGAUGCUUGCCUUAUGUCAUCGCCAUCGUGUGCGCUUUGUCGGUCGGCGAUCCUUUCAUUCGCGAAGCCAACCUUGGCGACGAUGAGGACGAAUUGCCUGAUAUCGAGGAGCGCAAAGCGCUGAGUGCUGCCGAGAUUCGACACAUCCGGGAUCCUGAACUGAGGAGGAAGGAGGAACUCAAGGUCGCCCGCAAAGCCUUCUUUGAAUCACAAAAGGUGAUUUACGUCGUGCAUGCCUGAAAGUGCCAUCUAAUGCUGACUUAAACCUUGCCUAGAUUCACUCCGCCCUCGGUCAAGGAGCAAGCGACGUCUUCAAGAUGCUCUCCGUCGUCGGCGCCUACGAGUAUGACGGUGCCAAAGCGUCGUUCUGCAACUCCAGCUUCGUCCGCGUCAAGGCCAUGGAAGAGAUUCACAAGCUUCGCGCGCAAAUCUCCCGCAUCGUAUCGACGUCCUACCACGGACUCGAUGCCGGCUUCGUCCCUCAGCUUCCUCCACCUUCGACGACGCAAUUAAAAGUUCUGCGUCAAUUGCUCACUUCGGCAUUUAUCGACCAAGUGGCGAUUCGAAAGGAUCUGGCCGACAAGGCCUCGACUUUGUCUUAUGCGAAGACGGUCUCGACGCGUGGCGUUCCCUAUCGCGCUUUCGGCAUCGACGAGGACAUUUUCAUUCAUCCUUCGAGCACAUUGUUCCACCAAGCGCCGCCGGAAUUCGUGGUGUUCCAAGAAGUGAUGAGGACCAACAAGUUCUGGAUGAAGAGUGAGUUGUUCCCGUUCAAACACCUCGUGCGCGGUAGUGCAUCUACUGACCCGCCCUCCUCUCGCCUUACAGCCGUGACCAAGAUCAACCCCGCCUGGCUACCGACUCUCGGACGACCAAUGUGCACCUUCUCGAAACCCGUCGAAACAGCGUCCACGUCCUUGGCUACCAAAACCGAUCCUACAACGGACGGUUCGACGCGUAAGACGAUCGUCACCCCUCGUUUCGGUCCUGGAGUCGGGAUCGAAUUGAAGCCUAUCCUUAUGGAGCAACGUCUAGUCAAAGGUCGUUGGGUGUUUGUCUAG